GAAGCCACCAAUCAGUAUGAAACGGGGGAAUCGCAAGAAACAUCGUUUUUGGACGAACUAGGCUCCAUCGCCUCAAACUUGGGAUGACAUCGUGGUUCCUUUGAGGCUAUCCCUGGUCCUCCUAUCGAGAUGUGAAGACUUCGAGCUUCGGGAGUUGGGCUGACAGGCCUCGAGGUAUAAGAGCAUGAGAUAUCACUGGGAAUCAGGAGUCAUGUUGAAGAAUCAGUAGGAACAUCAAGAACCAUCCAGUCCCUUCACGACUUCUCACUUUCGCUUUUCUUCAGUCACACAUCUGCCAACCAAGUGCAGCGCACACUCUUUCAACCGUCGCCAUACCAGACUUCGCUCUUUUGACAAGACAUUCCUUUCAAAAACCACCACAAACAACCAAAUCAACUACUUCAAAAUGAAGACUGCUGCCAUCACCACCAUCCUCUUCGCCGCCCUCGCGGCCGCUAGCCCCGUUGAGAUCCGCCAGACCUCGGGCUGCAAGGCCUACACCGUCCUCUUCGCCCGCGGCACCACCGAGAUGGGCACCCUCGGAACCGUUGUCGGCCCCGGUCUCCAAAAGGCCGUUGCGUCCAACGUCCCCGACUCCGUCUUCGAGGGCACAACUUACGCAGCUGACAUGGCGGGCAUUAUGUCCGAGGCAACUGGCUCCGGCCCGGGUAGUGUCGCCAUGGCUAACCAGGCCAACUCGUGGCUGAGCAAGUGCCCCCAGACCAAGAUCGUCCUCACUGGCUACAGCCAGGGCGGUAUGGUCGUCCACAACGCCGCUAAGAAGCUCUCGGGCAAGGCGGUCGCUGCGGCCGUCACCUUCGGUGACCCGUUCAAGGGCCAAGCUGUCACUGGUGUUGCUACCGCUCAGUUCAGGAGCUUUUGCGCUGCUGGCGACGGCGUCUGCUCCGCUGGUGGCUGCGCCAGCUCCGGAAGCUGCUCAAGCCAAAGCGCCUCUGGCCACAUUGGAUAUGGCGCCGAUGUCAACACCGCGGGCACCUUCCUGAAGGGUGCUCUCGCUUAA